AUGGCCAUCCCGCAAGACUCCGCCACUGCGAAUCGGCCAUCAAAAACGAAGGGCACACAGCUAGCACCCGAAGAAAAUAGCGACAUCGCGCGAAUCAGAAAUUGUCUCCAAGGUGGCGCAGUCGCGGCCGAGGUCGCAUCAGAAGGAUACCGCGUCUGUCGCAUCAACGCCUUUCUUCGGCGCGACCUUCAACAAGCUCGCAAUGAGAUUCAAGAUGCUCUCAAGGAACUACGUGAUGAGUUGCCCGCAACGCGCCAGAUGCUCGAGCGCCUCUGGGGUUUGCUCGAGCAGCGGAAUGUCAAGAUACCCGACGACGUCAAGGCCGACUAUCAAGCGCUGAAGGCCAAGGACUCGCAUGACUGGCAGCCCCGGCAGAGGGUCAGGACAGUGAAAAGCGUAGUGGCAAAGGGCAAGAGAAUCGAAAACCCCAAAACGAAGACGGAGAGGAAGGCUGAAAGACAGCGGGUCGAUAAGUUGCACAAGCGUCUCGAAGAAGGGAAAGCCAAGCAGACCAAGUUUCUGUUACACACGCCGGACGGCGAAAUGUACGACGCACGGAAGCCUGUCCUUAUUCCAGACGAAGCUGGAGACGAGGACGUUGCCGGCGAGCAGAUGACAGCGGAAGAGGCGGCAGCCAUCGAACAUGCUGACUUCAUGAAGAAUGGCAGUUCUUACCGACCCCGGGCGCUUACUCUACCGUCUGGGCUUGUCGCGAAGAACGUCGUUGCGGGAGUCAAGCGCAGGUCAAGCGAUUCGAAUCCCUUUGCGACACUCAAGAUGGGUGAAAUAGAAGGCGUGUUCGUGUCGAUCGCGGAGAGCCAGUUGGGAUGA